AGGAGGUUAGGGACAUGUGGCUCCCUUGCUACCCGUUGCUGACCCCCGGCCUGUCGUGAGGGUAGAAGGCGCUGACUAAAACAGCAUCAAAAGGAGCAUGGCAGCAGCGGGUAGCGAGGAGAAGGAGUUACUGGCGCUUGUGCACCAGCACUUGGUCCAGAUUGGCUAUCAGAAAGCGGCAAAGGAGCUGCUGCGACAGAGCGGUCAGAAAAACUUCCCAUCACUCUCAGUCACUCUUGAGGAUAUCAUCACUCAGUGGAAGAAAACUUCCUUUCAAGCCCAGAAACAAAAAGGAGAUGAUAUCAAGGCAGAUACUCAAACAAAGAUCAGAAUUCCUGACCCCAAGAGCAGCUCUGAGACCUCAGAAGAGGAGGAAGUGGCAAACCCCGUAAAAACUAACCUUCCUGUGAAUAAUAGCUCUACAGCUAAGGCAGGGAGUAGUAGUGAAGAUGAAGAUUCAUCCUCUGAAGAGGAAGACGUUUCUGGAAAGAUGAUAAAGACUACUGUGACGGGAAACCGGACAGCUAAUUUUCUGCAGCUUGCUGCUCAAAAAGCCAACUCUGUCCCAGGUAAAGGGGUAGCUGUAGCUGCUGUCCAAGCAAAAAAGAGGCCAAACAAAGCUAUUUCAGACAAGCCAUCUCCUUCAGUUGCGGCCAAAGCAAGACAGAAUAAAGUUCUUUCUGGCAAACCAGAAGCUGCCUCACAAUCUCAGAUUCUCAAAGGACAGAGUAGAGCAGCAGGAAGUGCGGCACAGAAGGCAGCAGACACUGAAAGCGGUAGCAGCUCAUCUGAGAGUGAGGAAGAAAAGAUGUCAACCGCCGUAAAACCUCUAACUCUCAAACCGGUUCUAAAAAAGACUGAGAGCAGCAGCAGCAGCAAUGAGGACUCCAGUGAGGAGUCUGACUCUGAAGAAGAAGCGACAAAAGCAGCAACUGUUCAGGUAAAGCCACCUGCACAAAGUCCACCGAUCAGUGCAACUCCAGUGAAGAGCUCUCCGGCCACUGUCACACCUUCUAAAGGGUCCACAGUAAAGGCACCUCUGGCUCUCAAAGGACAGAGUACAGCACCAGUAAGUAUUGCACAGAAGGCAGCAGAUUCUGAAAGCAGUAGCAGCUCGUCUGAGAGUGAGGAAGAAAAGACAACAACAGCAGUAAAAACCCCAGCUCCCAAGCCAGCUUUAAAAAAACCUGAGAGCAACACUGAAGACUCCAGUGAGGAGUCUGACUCUGAAGAAGAAGUGACAAAAGCAGCAACCAUUCAGGAAGCUCCAUCUAAAGCAAAGGCAAAACCAGCUGUGCGAAGUCCACCGAUCAGUGCAACUCCAGUGAAGAGCUCUCCCGCCACUCCUUCUAAAAGAUCCACAGUAAAGGCAUCUCCAGCAAAGACAAAAGUGAGCCAGAUCAAAGCAGGAUUUGGAAAUGCAACUGAAGGCAAAAAGCCAGCACACACCUCAGAUACUACUGACUCCUCAGACAGUGAGGAUAAGGAAUCCUCCUCAGUAGCACAGGCAAAAUCAUCUGAAAAAACACCUCGGGCCUCCACAGCAUCAGUGAAAAAUGUGCUGCCAAGCCUGUUGUCAAGCAAGGCAGCUUCCACUCCAGCUCCUUCGAAGCAAACUCCAAAGCCCGCAGUGCCGAGUUUGGUGAAACCUGCACUUCUGCCUUCUGCCAAGGUUGUUGGGAGCGCAGAGAGCAGUGAGUCCUCGUCGGAGAGUGAGGCUGAAGCUCUCCCAGUUCCAGUGAGCCAGAAGAGAUUGCAAACGCCUCAGCCUCCCACUGGAGUCAAACAAAAUCUGACUGCUAAACCUGGCACCCCAGUGAAAGCUCCAUCGGGUGCUUCAAAAAGGAAGACAACUGAGAGCGAGAGCAGCAACUCAUCUGACAGCGAGGAUGAAACAGUCCCAGCCACACAAAACCUGCCACCUCCAUCUGCGACCAAAUCAAAUGCUGCAGCUCAGCUCACUUGUGCCAAGAAACCCUGUCCUCCACCAGCACCACUUAAGGCGGCCCAGCAGAGUGAAGACAGUAGCCAGGAUUCAAGCGAUGAGUCUGAUUCGGAGGAAGACACAGUAUUCACUCAGAAACCAAUUCCAGUGACACAGAAACCCUUACUCACUCCUGGAAAAGCUCUGGCUGCAAAGGCUACAGGUGCGACAACAGGCAAAGCAGGCAGUGUGCAGUCAGCAGGGAAAAGCACAACAAAGCUAGGGAAUUUGGCAACUGCUUCUCUUCAGAAGGCAUCAGAGAGUUCAGCGACUGACAGUUCCUCGGAGAGUGAAGAAGAUGGGAAGGCAGCAAAACAGGAACUAUCCUCCAGUAAAGCAGCCACUGCUUCAGGGAAGGGUGAGCUGGUCAACAUUGCAGCACCCAAUUCUGUUUCCAAUAAGUGUCAAGGAAAACCCCCUACCACAACAAGGGGGAAAGUGGAGCUGAGCUCUUCCAAAAAGGCCAAGCCAUCUCAGAACCAGACUCUCCUUGCUAAGCCUGCUGGGAUUCUAAAACACAAGGAAAAUUCAAGAAGUAGCAGCUCCUCAGACAGUGAGGAGGAGGAAGAGGAAGAGAAGGUGGCAGCAGCAGCAGCAACACCAGCAGCUUCCAAACAGAUUCCACAGCCCGGCAUAGGACAAAAACAAGGAACAGCAGAAGAGGCAGACAGCUCAUCUGAAGAGUCCAGCGAUGAAGAGCUGGAGCCUUCACAGUCUCUCUUAGCAGGUUAUCCGGGUCUUUUGAAAACUCCGGCAGCCACUGCACAGAAGAGCGUGGCACCUAAGCCAUCCAAACAAGGCUCUGGGAAAACAGCAGCCACUACUGCCACUCCUGCAUUCCAUACCCUUGCAAAGUCUUCGGAGAAAGUAGGCGCUGCUGACAUCUCAUCAAGUGACAGCAGUGACUCUGAUUCAGAUGCCGAGGAAACACCAGCUGGGCCAAAGGCAGAAACUGGAGCCGUGCCGUUUUCCGCAACGGAAUCUGUCGUGGCUAAGAUGAGCAAGGGUGCCACCGUGGGGAAAACGGGACCAGAGAGCAUUGCUUCUAAGGCCUCUUCUGCAAAGAAAGCCACAGCCAAGUCUCAGAAGAAUGGCAAAGCCAAAGGAAAUGCAGGCGUACAGUUGCCACCCCUCCUCACCCCUCACUCUGAGACUGGAGAUACAGCCCCCGGCGCAGGAGCCCAGGGCAACACACAAACCACCCCUGUUGUGGCCCUCAAGACUCCCAAAACAAUAAAGCCAUCAAAGGCUGGAGUCAAAGAGAAAGAGAAGAAGAAACGGAAACUGGCAGCUGGAGAUACUGGUCUUGGGGAACCAAAAAGGAAAAAACAGAAGGGGCAGACUGGCUCAGAGGUGGUGAAGAAAAAGAAGAAAUCCAAGUCUUCAAACAGCGCAAAGUCACCAAAGAAAAAAGAUGGCAAGGGGAAAAAAUCCAAGAAAAGGAAGAACAAAAUGCUUUCUUCUGUUACUUCUGAUGGGUCACUUUUGUUAAACAAGAAGAAGAAGAAGAAAAAGAAGAAAACUAGUGAUCUUGAAGCAGCAGUGUGAGCGAUAACUUACUAUGAGAAGUGACUGGGAAAUUUUCAACAUAAAGAAGUAGUGUGUUUAUAUAUAUUUUUUUAAAACAAAAGAGGACAAAUGUCAAAGGUUGAAUUUAAAUCUUAAUUUAUAACUAUUUUUAACUGUGACUUUUAGAGCUAGCAAUGGCCCUGGAUGGGAGCUUGGGGAUACCCUGGUGAUAUUGCCAAUGAGAGGGGGGGGAUGUAACUAAAGUGGGCUUUAGAGAACAGGAAGUCUCCUGUGAUGACAGACACUUUAAUGCAGUCAUUUUCUUUCUCACAGUCUCUGCCUCCUCUGUUGCCCUCAUUCCAGUCCUUACGAGUUAUAUUUUUAAGAACAUCAUUGGUCUUUGUGCUACUCAUUUUCCAAUAAAUGAAAGUAAUUUUAACUUUUAAGGGAGGAUUGUUCUCUGAUUGUGCUCUGUAACCUUCUUUUCUGGACUUGUGUUCAAAAUGUACAAAACUUUGUCGUCCCUAGGUUGAAUUUUGUCUUGUCUUUUUUUAUAGAACACAAUAAAACAUUUUG